CCGUAUUUAUGUCGGUUGGCAAUAAAUCGCCGAUGGUCACUGUUCGCGUCAGCGCUCCGCGACCAGUCUCGCUGCUCCGCUUUUCUGCCUGAUCUUCCGCUUUUUCUCGGGCGUCGCUCGUUCUCCACCCAUGCAUUUACUGUAUUUCUUUUUCCUGCUGUUAUGGACCGGUCCGGUGCGCAGUUAUUUUCCGGAGGAGCGCUGGAGCCCGGAGUCCGCGCUGCUCGCGCCGCGGGUGCUGGUCGCGCUGGUGUGCCGCAACUCAGCGCACUCUCUGCCGCACGUCCUCGGCGCCAUCGACCGCCUCAACUACCCCAAAGACCGCAUGGCUGUAUGGGUGGCCACAGAUCAUAACUCAGACAACACCACCGCCGUUCUGCGCGAAUGGCUGAUAAACGUCCAGAACUUUUAUCAUUAUGUGGAGUGGAGACCGCAGGAGGAGCCCAGCAUCUAUGAGGACGAGAGCGGACCGAAGCACUGGACGAACCUUCGGUACGAGCACGUGAUGAAGCUGCGUCAGGCGGCCCUGGAGACGGCCAGAGAGAUGUGGGCCGACUACUUCCUGAUAGUGGACUGUGAUAAUCUGCUGACCAACCGGGACGUUUUAUGGAAGCUGAUGAAGGAGAAUAAGACGAUCGUGGCACCGAUGCUGGAGUCCAGAGCGGCGUAUUCAAACUUCUGGUGCGGCAUGACCUCUCAGGGUUAUUACAAGCGGACGCCGGCCUACAUGCCCAUCCGCCGGCAGGAGAGGAAGGGCUGCUUCGCCGUUCCCAUGGUUCACUCCACCUUCCUGGUGGAUCUGAGGAAGGAAGCGUCCCGUCAGCUGGCGUUCUUCCCGCCUCAUCCCGACUACAGCUGGGCCUUCGACGACAUCAUCAUCUUCGCCUUCUCCGCGCGGAUGGCAGACGUUCAAAUGUACAUCUGCAACAGAGAGACUUAUGGGUAUUUCCCCGUGCCCCUGCGCUCCCAUAAUACCUUGCAGGAUGAGGCGGACAGUUUUCUGCACUCGCAGCUGGAGGUUAUGGUGCGCAAUCCUCCGUCAGAGCCGUCCGGCUAUCUCUCACUUCCUCCUAAACAACCCGAUAAAAUGGGCUUUGAUGAGGUGUUCAUGAUAAACCUGCUGAGGCGUUCGGACCGCAGGGAUCGUAUGUUGAGGACUCUCUACGAACAAGAGAUCGCCUGCAAGAUCAUCGCAGCUGUAGAUGGCAAGGCGUUGAACACCAGUCAGGUGGAGGCACUGGGGAUCGAGAUGCUGCCCGGAUACAGCGACCCGUAUCACGGCCGGCCGCUCACUAAAGGAGAGCUGGGCUGCUUCCUGUCGCACUACAACAUCUGGACAGAGAUUGUGGAUCGGGGGCUGAAGAUGUCUCUGGUGAUCGAGGACGACCUGCGCUUCGAGGUUUUCUUUAAGCGUCGCCUGCAGAAUCUGAUGCUUGAGAUCCAAUCUGAGCAGCUGGACUGGGACUUGAUUUAUAUCGGACGGAAGAGGAUGCAGGUGGACCAUCAGGAGAAAUCUGUUCCCAGAAUCCACAACCUGGUGGAGGCCGAUUAUUCCUACUGGACGCUGGGAUACAUGAUCUCGUUACGCGGCGCUCAGAAGCUGCUGCGGGCCGAACCGCUGAAGAAGAUGCUGCCGGUGGACGAGUUUCUGCCCGUCAUGUACAACAAACACCCCAUCGAGGAGUACAUGUCUCACUUCGAGCGGCGUGACCUGCGGGCGUUCUCGGCCGAGCCGCUGCUGGUUUACCCCACGCAUUACACGGGCGACCCGGGCUACAUCAGCGACACGGAGACCUCCACCGUCUGGGACAACGAGACGGUCCGCACCGACUGGGACCGGGCGCGGUCGCGCAAGAGCCGCGAGCAGGAGGAGCUGAGCAGCGAGGCGCAGAACUCAGACGUCCUGCAGUCGCCGCUGGACAGCACGGCCCGGGACGAGCUCUAGGAAACAAACAUACCUCAACACUCACAGACAGAGACGUCGUCCACUGUUCAGUGUCCAGAAAGACGUUUCGCCCGUUAGAUUUGAGAGGCAUGACCGGCAUUUUCAAUGGAUGUCACACGGUGAAAUUAUUACAUGUACUUUAGAUGAGAUGAUAACCUCUGAUUCUCCUGAAAUGCUUGACUGGGUACAGAAACACGGUUGGCUCGGUAAAUAUGAUGCAAUAUCUUGAUUUUAUUGAUUUGAAUGGGAAUCUCAAGGACAUUAUUGACAUUUUAGAUGGUUUAACCUGAUCUGAUGGGUCUUGUUUAACGCUUGUCAGGAGUCCUGGCUGAUCCUUUGCAUUUUGUUAAAUAUCUACGUGAUUUUAGCAUGUCAUUCCUUUAUUACAUGAUUUAAGUGAGUGUUGACUUUUACUCUGUGUGUAAAGCUGAUUUUAUGCAUUAUGGUAAGAAUCAUCGUCAUGUAAAGACAGUUUUUAUCUGAUAGUUGGCUUGCAGAUGACUAAUUUAUUGCUUGUUCAUAGUCCUGGAUGUCAGUGUAAAUACAGAGCCGAUGGACGUUCCCAUCACGUGAACCGCACACAAGUUUUUUGCCUUUUAUUUUCGGGUUUGUUUUUUCAGUUGCCUUAAGAGAUUUGUGUGGGAGAAUAGAUUAAACUGAAUCGGUUUUUAAGUCUAUGCUUGUGUUAAACUAGUGUUUGUGAUAUUUAAUGUGCUAACUCAAGAAAUGGCAGUAAUUAGAUUUAGCCGAGUGAAAAUUGAGUGAAAACAUUUCAUCAUGGAUCAAUCCUUUCUUCUUUUCUGUUUCUUCUGUUUUCUUUUACGUGUUCGUCACAUGUGACUAAUCAGUACGUCUCCUGAAUGUGCCUUUUAUACCAAAAAAUAAAGAAUGUUUCUUAAAGUCUGA